GCGGCUGCAACUGCAGCCUGGACUGGAAGAAGUGCGCCCGGGGAGGCUGAGCAGCAGCAACAGGCAACGGGAGAAACUGCAGUUCAGGAUCCGAGUAAGGGCUUCCAUUUUAUCACCGACAGCCACAGAAAAUACCGAGGAACGCCGCGUCCAGCUGGGACAAAGUGAGCUCAUAGAAGCGCCUCUGAGAGCACAUUCCAGCAAAGGAAAAUGAGCCUCUCAGCCUUCACCAAGCCUAUGACGGGCUGAGGGCUCUUUGACUCAGGACUUUAUCCUCUUUUAGCAGCUCUGAUUGACAAAGGGAAUCAGGGGGGAGAAAAAGAAGAAUCAAAAUACUCGCUUUCAUUUUGAGAAGGAAGGCUCCAGAUUCAAGAUGGAGGAGGGAUAUGAACUCGACCUGACGUACAUCACAGAGCGCAUCAUUGCUGUGUUCUUCCCUCGGGGAUGUUCAGAGGAGAUCUACUCACAUAACCUGAAGGAUGUCACGAGAAUGCUCAAGUCCAAGCAUGCAGACAAUUACCUGAUUAUCAACCUGUCAGAGAAAAGACAUGAUCUCUCCAGAAUGAACCCAAAGACCCUGGAUACAGGCUGGCCAGACUGCCAUGCUCCACCUCUGGAUAAGAUCUGCACCAUCUGUAAGGCCAUGGAGAGCUGGCUCAAUGCUGACCCUCUACAUGUGGUGGUUAUACACUGCAGGGGUGGCAAGGGUCGAAUCGGUGUUGUCAUUUCAUCCUUUGUGCAUUUCACAGAUGUGUCAGCCAGUGCUGAUCAGGCGUUGGACCGCUUCGCAAUGAGGAAAUACUACGAUGAUAAGGUCUCAGCUCUGAUGACACCUUCGCAGAAACGAUAUGUUUGGAUCCUCAACAGUCUUCUAAGUGGAUCCAUGAAGAUCAACACCUCCCCCCUAUUCCUGCACUGCAUCAUUGUUCAUGGGAUGCCAAACUUCGACUCCACUGGAGUAUGUCGACCUUACAUCAAAGUCUACCAGGGAAUGCAAGCAGUGUAUUCAUCUGGAGUCUAUCACAUUGGUCCAGGCCACAGAGGCCGUGUAUGCAUCACGCUGGAGCCUGCACAGCUUCUAAAAGGGGACAUCAUGAUUAAAUGUUAUCACAAGAGUGACAUUUCUUCGGAGCGUGAAGUUAUUUUCCGGCUGCAGUUCCACACGGGAGCAGUGCAGGGCUACAACCUGAUGUUUGAAAAAGAGGACAUGGAGACUGCCAACAAAGAUCCCAGAUUUCCAGAUUAUGGUAAGGUGGAGCUGGUUUUCUCCGAGGGACCAGAGAAGAUACCAGGUCCUGACAGGUGGCAAAACGGGGCAGAUGUUAUUGUGGACUACAACACAGCAGAUUCUCUAACCCGCUGGGACUCCUACCAGAACAUCUGUGAUGGUGAAGCGCCACGCUCUCAAGGCCUAACCCAGGACAAAGCAGCUAACAAGCGGAGCACCAACGGAGGAGAAGCCACGCUGGGCCGAGGGGCCCGCACGACCUCCGCCACCUCCAGCCCUGAUCACAGCGACCACGCCCUCUCUGUCAGCAGUGACUCUGGCCUGUCUAGCACUUCUUUGUGGGCAGACAGACCUACACCUAUUACCACCACCACUGCCACCAUCAAGCCCAACCACGGUCCCAGCCAGCAGGAAAAGGUCCAACUGAAGCGCCUUCUAAGUGGCUUUGGUGUUGAGGACCCCUCAGUGGAGGAAAUGGAUGAUCAAGGCCCUAGAGUGGGCAUGCAGCAGAUAGUCCCAGCACAAGUGCACAUCAACGGGGAUCCCCGUCCCCGAGAGAGAGAAACUGACAUCUUAGAUGAUGAGGUCAUCACAGGUCAUGAUCUGCACAGUGUGGACAGUUUAGGGACCUUGUCAUCUUCCUGCCACAAGAGCAGCCAGAACUCCCUUCUAUCAGAUGGCUUUGGGAGUCCUGGAGUAGAGGAGCAGCAAAGCCAAAGCCAGCACCACCAUCUCCACCACCCUGGACCUCCUCCCAUGGAGGAGUAUGACAGAGCCUAUGCUGAGGCUAGAAGGGGUUGUCUAAGCUCCAGGAGCAACUCUGUGCCCUUGUCUAAUCCCAGCAGUGCUUCUAUGCCAAAGCAGCAUGUGUACAGACAGGGAAGCUAUUCGACACAGUCCUGGGUCCGCCAGCAACAGAUGGUUGCUGCACAACAGUUUAUUUACAUGCCAGAGGAUGGAAAUGAUACAGAAAGAUACCCAGGGAACAAACAAGGGAGCAGUUCACCCAAAGCUGGACUGUUGACCGAGCCACAGGUCCCCACUAGGGACACGACAGCGGAUGCUCUGCGAGACACCGCGCCUCACAAAGAACAGGCAACACUAAACAAUAACAACAACAACAAACGGGACGAAGAGUUCAAAUCUCUAACGAUAGACAUUGACAACUCCAUCGACCAGCUCAACCAGCUGAUCAUGGACCUGGAUCACGCAUUCGUGCCGGUAUCGAGCCACACCAGCUCCAUUAAGAGGAACGGUGGGGCACACGUGAACGGCUCAGUCACCAAAUGCUCAAACGGCAUCAAUAUCAGAUUCAACGAUAAUAAUGCAGCAACGCUGAAAAACAUGCAGCAGACAGCUGUCCAGUCCAGUGAAGGACAUGGAGUUGUCACACGGACUCUGAGUCAUCAAGGAAGUGAUGUCACAGAUCACCCAGGCUUCUGUGGCUCCGGUUGGGGUGGGGCAGAGGAGUACAGGGGUCAGCGGACGUACUCUUCCUGUGUACCACAGUCCCAGCAUCCCAUGUUAUAUAGGACUAACAGCGCUGACUACAGGGGCCAGGGCCCGGACAUUGACAUCGGGGUUGAGGCUGGUAGUGACAUGACUCCACCUACACCCGCCUUCCCUAUCUCACCGCCUACACCUUAUGUGAAAAAUAUAUCAGAAUUGAAUAUCCUCAGGCAAACUCCAUCUCCCAGCAUGCAGUCCUAUGGAGGCUACAGAACAGACCAUGAACCCAGGGGAUAUUCAGAGAUGAUGAGUCAUGUUGGAGUUCACAGUUUGCCAGACUCCUCCGUCAACUGCCACAGGACGCUGAAUGCUACACACUCUGCCCCCAUUGUUGGGACCUUUCAGCGGACAGAAAGCUCAUCAAUAAACCAGUCUUGGCCAGAGCAUCCCGUCCUGAGCUGCCACCCGUCUCUGAGCAGCUACCCCUCUGCCAGACAAGCACCGCCACACUCCAUGUCACUGGACUAUGGCCACCACUCUCCUCCACUGCACCACCCUCACAUCCACCCUGCCCCCAAUGCCCACAGCUCACCUCGAAGCAGCCAGCGAAGCCGCAUGGCUCGCUACGCUCUCAGCCGCAGUCCUGCUCAAAGCUUUGAUGAGCAGGAGGACGACUCGGGUCUCGGUUAUGGCAUAGACUGUCCCACCUCCGCCUCCUCUCUGUUGGGCAACGGAGGCAUGAAAAGGGAUCUUCUCAACUCCUUGGAUGGGAAUCAGAAUCAGUCACAGCCACCCCAGAUUCAGCCCCCCCUUCUGCCUGAGAAGAAGAGGGCAUCAGAUGGGGAGCAUUCACUGGGAACUGCCUCUCCAGCUCUCAGUGGGUUCUCAAGUCCCCACAGUGGGAGCUCCCUGAGUAUUCCUUUCCCCAACGUCUUGCCUGACCUCUCAUCUCAGAUGCCAGGCACAGCCUCACCUCUGCCAGAUGUACUGGCCAGCAAGCAGGUUACUGUAAAAUUUGUGCAGGACACAUCAAAAUUCUGGUAUAAGCCAGAUAUCUCAAGGGAUCAAGCCAUUUCAGUCUUAAAGGACAAAGAGCCUGGAUGCUUUAUCGUGCGGGACAGCCAUUCCUUCAGAGGGGCCUACGGGUUGGCAAUGAAGGUGGCUACACCCCCACCCUCAGUUCUCCAACAGACCAAGAAAGGUGGAGAUCUAUCCAAUGAAUUAGUACGCCACUUCCUGAUUGAGUGUACACAGAAAGGGGUUCGGUUGAAGGGUUGCCCCAAUGAGCCCUAUUUUGGAAGCUUAACUGCGCUGGUCUGCCAACAUUCAAUCACACCCUUGGCUCUACCCUGUAAACUUAUUAUACCAGACAGAGAUCCUUUAGAAGAUGUUGUGGAGAAUACUUCACAAUCAGUUACCAACUCUGCUGCUGAGCUGCUUAAACAGGGAGCAGCCUGUAAUGUGUGGUACCUGGGCUCCGUGGAGAUGGAGUCUCUGACAGGUGUCCAGGCGGUGCAGAAAGCCACAACUAUGACUCUGAGCUCCAACCCCCUACCAACUUCUACCGUGGUCCACUUCAAGGUGUCCUUACAGGGCAUCACUCUCACCGAUAACCAGAGGAAGCUCUUCUUCAGGAGGCAUUACAAUGUCAAUACAGUCAUAUUUUGUGCAUUGGACCCUCAAGAUAGAAAGUGGAAAAAAGAUGGCUGCCCUUCAGCAAAGAUCUUUGGCUUUGUGGCAAGGAAAACUGGCACUUCCAUGGACAAUAUAUGCCACCUGUUUGCGGAGCACGACCCUGAGCAGCCAGCAAGUGCCAUUGUCAACUUUGUGUCCAAGGUGAUGAUUGGCUCGCAGAAGAGUAAGUAGGCCUGCUUCAAACUGAGCUGAUCUCCUGGAGAGACUGGAAACAAGAAAUAGAAGACUUAAGGCCAGAUGCUAACUGAGGACUUUUUAUGAAAUUUAAAGACUGAAGAUGGCGAUUGCGUGGAUACUGAUUCUGGAUAUUAACUGGAUGUUACAUUCAAAAUGAUCACUUACCAGCACCAGGACAUUCAAUGACAUAUUUUAACAGAAAAAAAUGUAAACAUUCUUCUAUUGUGUAAUUUUUUUAAUAAACUGUAGAGUAGCCAUUUAAGAAGACAACAACAUCAUUAAGAUGUGUGUCAUCCUUUUCUACAGAUACAAGUGCCAUGACUUAUACAUUUAGAAAAAUCAUUUUAAAAACAUAUUUUAAAUACAUAACACAAUUGCUGGUUUUCUUAAGCAUUGCAUUUUUUCUGGAGAAAUCAGGAAAACCCUGCAUGUAAAACUUAUUUUCUAAUAUUAAACCAAACCAAACUUCAUUAAAGGUAUUGACCUACACAGAGGUGUAGCCAAUGUAGAAACAUCUGUAGACCGCUGCAUCUGCCCAGCAUGCAGUAUUUUCUUAUAGAGUAACAAAUGCGUAAAAGCAUUGCAGCAAAUAUGUAUGAUUUGGAUUUUUGGGAAAGCUAGCUAUAUUACUUACAUCUUCUUUUAUCUAUGCAAUGUAAAAUGUCUAUUUUUUUAAAACAUAGCCUACUAUACAUGUGGAGCAUGUGGCUUCUCUGAACAUGUUAAAUAAUUCUCCUCUAUUAAGAUGUAUGUGAAUAUGACCACUUUUAAAGCAACAUUUAAAUGAAAGUGUGUGUGAGUGUGUGUAUGUGCGUGCAUGCGUAAUGAAAUGAGAGAAAACUAUUAUAACUAUUAUAAGUAAACCUUAAAAUAUACUAGUACUGAUGUGUUUUUAACCAACUUUGUGUAUACAUAUAUGUAUAUAUACAUAUAUAUACAUAUACGUAUAUAUGUGUAUAUAUACAAAUAUAUACAAAGUUGCUUAAAAACACAUCAGUACUCGUAGUGGCCUUCCACUCACCGCAAACAGCACUGCAGUGUUUCAAUAUCAGUAUCGAUGAUUUUGUACAUUAUUUUAAUUUUUUUUUAAGAUACAGGCUGCUAUGUUGAGAGAACAAAUGCUAUAAUUGCAUUAGUGUUUUACAGUUUCUUAGAAGAGAGAAAAGCGCUCAGUGUUGGAAUUGCUCAAAUACACUUCAGAUUUGACACACUCAUUUAGUCAUCUGUCAAUGAUAUAUACAAUAAACUUGCUCUGGGACAAAGAUAAAGCUGUUUAUUAUCGAUUGCUUGUUGACAUUGUAUAUGAGAUGAUGACCAUAAAAAAUGAAUUCUUUAUCUUUGUGUUGGGCAGCCACUUAAUCCAGAGAGGGACCUACAACCACGAUAAAGCUCUGUUAAUAUUCUUACAUUGAUUAUGUACGCAUUUGUUAUGUUGUUAUCAUAUUCAUGACCUUUAAUCAUCUGUACCUCAUACAGCACUAAUCUCAUACAAUAUAC